AGGCCGCUCCCGCGAUCGCGCAGAGCCUCAUCGUGAGGCCAGAGGACACCGCGGGCGCGGUGAAGGAACGAGCGGCUCGCGGUGCUCGAGCCCGCGGCGGCGCUGCCGGGCGCGCGCCUCUUCUGCGCCGGCAGGGAGCUCCACGACGAGACGAGGCUCGCCGACGCCGGGGUCAAGGAGGGCGCCUCCUUCGACCUCGUGGCCGGGGCCUCGGUGGAGGAGACUUCGCCCAGCAGCUUGCGGAGCUGCUGCAGGCGCAGGUCCUGCCCCUCGAGGAGCUCGGCCUCCUCUACAGCCACCGCCACGGAGCCACCACAGGUAAUGUCCUGAAGCUUCUGGGCCGGGACGAGACGUUGUCCCAGUUCCUCCAGGGCAGCAAGCAGUUUGUCGUCGAGGCCGGCCGGGUCCGCUCCGCUGCGGCGGCGGGGAGGCCGGCGGAGGCGGCGCUGCUGCGGAUCGUGGAGGAUGAAGAGACGCCCAGGGCCGAGGGAACAAAGG